AUGUCGAAGUACUGGGCGGUUGGGUGGUUUGCGGUGCCUUGCAUUAUCACUACGUUUGCGACGAGGUGGACAGUUGCGUCGCUGAUUGAUAAUGCAAAUUGGACAGAUAGUCCGUGGGAAGCUGUUGUUCUUGUGUCCACCGCUGCUGUUUCUUUCUCAAUAUUCACCGUCUUUGCAGUCGUGUCAGUGGCGAAGCAGGUGCAAUAUCACGCAGUUGCGAAGUUGCAGUCGUCAUUUAAGCCAUCAAGACACUGGGGGCAAGGGAUCCAGUUACGCUCUAUUAUUCACUGGCGCGCCGUGAUGAGUUGGAACGCAAUUUGCGCAGAACGAGAUACAGACGUCAUUUGGACCAGUUUUCCGGAUACGCACGUUUUUUUCACGUGCCAGAUACGAGCACCAAAGAAACUCCCGUUGAGAAUAAGAGACGUACAAACUCUGAUGACUGGUUAUACACUGUAUGUAGAACGAAAUAUUUAG